AUGGCUGUCGGAUAUGAGUUGGCUGGUGGAAUCAGUACUGGUGUUUUCACAUCUAAUUCACAGGUCUACAUCUCUACAUGGCUCUGUAGUGUUUUCACAUCUAAUUCACAGGUCUACAUCUCUACAUGGCUCUGUAGUGUUUUCACAUCUAAUUCACAGGUCUACAUCUCUACAUGGCUCUGUAGUGUUUUCACAUCUAAUUCACAAGUCUACAUCUCUACAUGGCUCUGUAGUGUUUUCACAUCUAAUUCACAGGUCUACAUCUCUACAUGGCUCUGUAGUGUUUUCACAUCUAAUUCACAAGUCUACAUCUCUACAUGGCUCUGUAGUGUUUUCACAUCUAAUUCACAGGUCUACAUCUCUACAUGGCUCUGUAGUGUUUUCACAUCUAAUUCACAAGUCUACAUCUCUACAUGGCUCUGUAGUGUUUUCACAUCUAAUUCACAGGUCUACAUCUCUACAUGGCUCUGUAGUGUUUUCACAUCUAAUUCACAGGUCUACAUCUCUACAUGGCUCUGUAGUGUUUUCACAUUUAAUUCACAGGUCUACAUCUCUACAUGGCUCUGUAGUGUUUUCACAUCUAAUUCACAGGUCUACAUCUCUACAUGGCUCUGUAGUGUUUUCACAUCUAAUUCACAGGUCUACAUCUCUACAUGGCUCUGUAGUGUUUUCACAUCUAAUUCACAGGUCUACAUCUCUACAUGGCUCUGUAGUGUUUUCACAUCUAAUUCACAAGUCUACAUCUCUACAUGGCUCUGUAGUGUUUUCACAUCUAAUUCACAGGUCUACAUCUCUACAUGGCUCUGUAGUGUUUUCACAUCUAAUUCACAGGUCUACAUCUCUACAUGGCUCUGUAGUGUUUUCACAUUUAAUUCACAGGUCUACAUCUCUACAUGGCUCUGUAGUGUUUUCACAUCUAAUUCACAGGUCUACAUCUCUACAUGGCUCUGUAGUGUUUUCACAUCUAAUUCACAGGUCUACAUCUCUACAUGGCUCUGUAGUGUUUUCACAUCUAAUUUACAAGUCUACAUCUCUAUAUGGCUCUGUAGUGUUUUCUGUGGCUUACUGCCGGUGUAGCACGCCUGUUUGUGUGUGUGUUGUUUCUGUGAGUAUAUCGUAGUUUUAGUAGUCCACUGUAUCAAAACUGCUGUCUGCUUGCCCCGUCCUCAUAUCUAAAGAGCAGGGCAGGCUUCUAAUAAUGGGUACAUGUAGGGGUGUGCGCUUGUGUUUGCUUUACAUCGUCUUGGAUACAGUAAAGUCUGUUUUCUGAUG